CGAGCAGAGAGAGUCGCCUCCCAGAACAGACCCAGCGAGGAGCCGAGGACCUCGCUUGGCUGGCUGCACACCCGCCCAGUGAGUGGCGACGCCUCUUGCAGUCUUGCUUGCCACACCUCCCACCCAGCUCACUUCACUCGCUCCCCAAAGCUUCUUCGGCGGGGGGGGGAAGGACCCGGCGGAGCGAGGGAGCUGUGAGCUCGCGCGCGAGAUGGGGCUCACAUUGCUGGGGCUGUGCCUGGCCGUUCUUCUGCUGGCACCCCCCUCCCGUCUGGCCUCAGCCGCAGCUGUGGAGGAUGGCCUGCUCAGCAAUGGUGAUUUUGAGACAGCACCAGUAGGUGGUUUUGCCAAAUCUGCUUCUGUUUCUGAGGGGGCAUCGACUAUCCCAAGUUGGACGAUCAAUGGCACAGUUGAGCUCGUUUCAGCAGGCCAGCACCAGGGUGGCAUGAUCCUUAUUGUUCCACAGGGGGAUCAUGCUGUGAGGCUAGGGAAUGAUGCAGGUAUUGGGCAGGUGGUGCAGGUUGAGAAGGGAUCGGAGUAUGCAAUCACAUUCAGUGCUGCCCGGACGUGUGCGCAGCUGGAGUCACUGAACGUGUCUGCCGGUGGUGUGUCGCAGACAGUAGACUUGCAGACAUUGUACAACAUAGAGGGCUGGGAUGCAUAUGCAUUGGCUUUUCAAGCAGUGGAUGAGCAGGCCAACCUUGAAUUCAGGAACCCUGGCAUGGAAGACGAUCCAACUUGUGGACCUAUCCUCGACAAUGUGGCAAUCAAGAAGCUCUUCGCUCCAGAGAAACCAAAGGAUAACAUGGUGGUCAAUGGAGACUUUGAGGAGGGUCCAUGGAUGUUCCCAAACACGAGCUUUGGUGUUCUGCUCCCAACAAACCUCGACGAACAGACAUCAGCCUUGCCUGGGUGGAUGAUUGAGUCGAACCGUGCUGUCCGCUUCGUCGACUCUGACCAGUACACCGUACCCCAGGGGAAGCGCGCCAUCGAGCUUCUCUCUGGCAAGGAGGGCAUUAUCUCACAGAUGGUCGAGACAACUCCUCAGAAAGUGUACAGCCUGACGUUCACGCUGGGCUCUGCAGGUGAUUCAUGCCAGCCACCAAUGGCCGUCAUGGCAUUUGCAGGCGAUCAGGCCCAGAACUUCCACUACUCACCUAUGGGCAAUGCCACGAGCCAGGCUGCGAACGUGACCUUCACAGCACGUGCUGAGAGGACACGUGUUGCGCUCUACAGCGUGUACUACAACACAAGAAGCGAUGACCACAGCUCAUUAUGUGGGCCUGUGAUCGAUGAUGUGCGUGUUUGGGGCUUGAAUGGUGCUGCUGGGUUGAAGGCAAGUAUUGGGCUGCUUCUUGGCAUGGUUAGUGUCAUUGGCCUGAUGCUGUUCUGAAGUUCGUAGUUGGUGUGGUUUAAGGAUAUACAUAUGUGGCCUGCUGUGAAGGAUGAGGAGACCACUAGGUUUGGUAGUAAGCUUGAAGUUCCUAUGAGAUUGAGUAACGUGAGCUUAGGCUAAAGCUAUCAGCAGCCAUAUAUGGCUGUCUUGUUGCCUUCUUUCGUGAUUCAGAAAGUAGCAUGCCAUUAUGGAUUGCAUGGUUAGUGUGCCAAGAGCUUGUGAUGUGAGAUGCCAGAAUUAUUCAAAGUUCAUCUCUUCAAUGCAUUAGAAAUUUCAGGGGUCUCUGUUUUUCCUUGGCU